AUGGAUUCACGACCAAGAAGCACGUUCUCGUCUGUUGUCACAGCAACAUCCCAAAUGCCAUCACUUACAAAUUUCAAAGCAGCUGCAUGUUUGGAAAGUAACGCAGUUGCUCUCUCGCGGAGACAGGUGGCAAAUGUAGCCGGUUACACAACUCAACGAACAUUAUCUAUCCAUCAUAUAAUGGAUUUCACCACUAUCAAAACUAUUUCCGAUGAUCAAACGACUACAUAUGUGGACCAGGCUGGUCUCAUCAAUGGGUGA